CCGCCAAAAAAGAAAAAAAACAGAGUCCAAAUUCCAGCAAAUUGGAAGCCGAUUGAAUGUCGAUUUGAAUUGAAUGAAAAAAUCGAUUGAAUUUGGGAAUUGAAAUCGGAAAUUUCGAGUCGAUUGAGCAAUCGGAAGGAUGGGGAGGUUAUUUAUUCAGACACUGAGCGGAUCAAAGAUCUUCAAGUGCAAGUGUUGCAAGGUGGACUCCGCCUCCCACGACGACCUCAUCUCCAAGGAUUUUCAGGGCCGUUUCGGCCGAGCUUUUCUCUUCCGCAAUGCGGUAAAUAUCACUACGGGCCCUCAGGAAGAGAAAUCGCUCCGGAGUGGAUUGCACAUUAUCAGUGACAUUUACUGUAGCUCUUGCCAGCAGAUUCUGGGUUGGAGAUAUGAGAAGGCUUAUGAAGAGAGCCAGAAGUAUAAGGAAGGAAUGUUCAUCCUGGAGAAGGAACGGCUGUUGAAGGAGGGUUAGUGAGUUUGUGAUGAUGCUUUGUUCCUCAAGUAUAUUAAAGAUGAAGAUUAGCAAUAAAGACUAGAAAGAAAGCAAGGGAAAGAUAUUUUUUUUAGCUGUAUGGUAGUAUUCUGUGCUGACAUUCAACACUCUCAUUUAAUGGAAUAGCAAUGUGAAGACUGUCAUCCCUGUUUGCUUUUGUGCACCAACACCACAUCUUCAAAGAGAAAGGAUCUCUUUGCCUUUUUUCUUCAUGAAAAAUGUGCCAAUUGUAGUGGUUCUCUUUGCUUAAAUUGCGCUCUUUCUUUGUGGAAUGUGACUUCUAUGUUUUUGCUCUAUCGUGAUGGAAGGUAUUUCAAUCAGGAUAUGGAAAUCAUUGGACGUGAUAAUUAUUGGAGGUAAUGAAAAGGAAGGAGGGGUUUUGGUUUUUUUGACUGUAAAAAAUGUCUAAUCUAUCUGAGUGUCUUAUAGCUUGCACCUUUAUAUUGAAGGUUUUGGGUUAGAGUCUGUGGAGGAUUCAGGAAAUAAAAGGGUUAUUUAUCACUUGUCAUUAGAAGAAGCCAAAAAAGAAGUUCUCAAUAUCUCCUAAUUGAUAAGGAAUUCAUGGUCCAUCCCUGCCCCCUAGAGAUAAAGGACCACGUUUUUCUUAUGCCAAUCCUCUUUGGGAGUGGGAAGGAAGUUUGUGUCUGCUCUUCAUACAAUGCCAAUCUAGUAAUGGGAGUUGGUUAGGAUAAGAGAUGAAGAUGACCACAAAUUUGAGAAGGUAAAGAUGAAUUGCACUUGGAAAUGAAUUCAAUGAGAUAGCAAAAGAAAGUUCACUAAUCUUU